CGGCAUGGAAAGAGGAAUAAGCAUCAGAGCCACAAUACAAAAUGCUGAGAAGGAAGCCAACCAAAAUCCAAGUCAAGAUCGAAGAUAAAGAAGAACUCGAGGAAGCUCGCCGACGCCACGCCGCCGCCACCGCCACCCCCAACGCCGCCCCUGGCACCGCCGCUCUCCUCCGUCAGCUGGAUCGCGUCGAAGAUCCCUCUUCCAAAGCGCAUCGCAUUGGCCUCUCCUCCUAGAGCCCUCGCCGCUCUCUCCCUCCUCUCUUCCCCGAUGGAGGUCGAAGUGAAGCUCCGCCUCGCCGACGCCGACGCCCACCGCCGCCUCACCGCCCUGCUCUCCCCCUUCCACGCCGUCACCCACCGCCAGCAGAACCUCUUCUUCGACGGCGCGGCGUCCGAGCUCUCCGCGCGGCGCGCGGUGCUCCGCCUCCGCUUCUACAACGGCGACGAGCGCUGCGUGGUUUCGCUGAAGGCCAAGGCGGUGCUGGUGGACGGCGUGAGCCGCGUGGAGGAGGACGAGGAGGAUAUGGACCCUAGGGUUGGGCUUGAUUGCGUGGCGGAGCCCGGGAAGUUGGGGGCGGUGGAAUCUAGGGUUUUGGGGAGGGUGAAGGAGGAGUUUGGUGUGGUGGAUCCUGAAAAUGGGUUUGUGGGGUUGGGAGGGUUUGGGAAUGUGAGGAGUGUGUAUGAUUGGAAGGGUUUGAAAUUGGAGGUGGAUGAGACUAAGUUUGCUUUUGGAACGCUCUAUGAGAUCGAGUGUGAGAGUGCUGAUCCCGAAGGAGCUAAACGGCUUCUCGAGGAUUUCUUGAAGGAGAAUGGAAUUGAUUAUUCUUACUCCACCGCUUCCAAGUUCGCCAUCUUUCGAGCUGGGAAACUGCCUUAGGAGUUUUAAGAUAUUAUUUUGGGCAGCUUUUUUGGCCCUUGCCUUUGAAUAAUUGAUGGAGGAUGACAUAUGAAAAUAUGAAGAAACAUGUGUUGGAACCUAAGGUACUUGGGUCUUAUCCAAGUUUCAAUGAUUCGAACAUAAUAUUUUGUGCUUCCAAGCAUAGUGUUAAAUCUCUAAAUUCCUUUAAGCGAUGAUUCCAAACAUAAUAAUAAUGUUAUUAUUAUUGUUGUUAUUUUUAUUAUACCAAUGGAUAUAGUUCAGUUGGUUGAAGACUGAAGAGGUUGUGCAAGCAUUGUAAUCCUUUGGUAUCAAGUUAGAUUUAUGUUGAUCCUAAUGAUUUAAACUACAUCUUCUAAAUAUACUUGUCUUAUUA